AUGGCCCAUCUUCAACGACGUAGCGGCUCGAGUGCGUUUCAAGUUAGUAGUUAUCCACACCGUAACUACUAUCUGCCGUCCUAUCCCGCUCCAGCCUACCCCACUCCUUCACAUCCACCGUCAGAGCCCUGCUACCCAAUCUCAAUCCCAUCCCCGCCUCUUCAAUUCUCCUCGCGUCCCUACAAAAAUGAUCCUCCCCGAUCCCCAUCCCUAACACCCAAUUUCGCCCCAAACGAUAUUACAGAUGACCUUUGCGCACUCACCGACCAAUCAGACUCUCCACGUACAACAUCAUCACCCCCUUGUUCUGUUAAAGUGGAGCCCGAAGAACCCGAUGGCUGUUUUAUUAUGGAGCGCCCCUCACUCGGCGGCCCGUUUGUGAUGCACAAGUGCGCACCUCCGACCGAGGUGCCUCUCCGCGCGACCCAUGCAUCUAGAGCCAUGCUCAAGAUGAUGACCGUGUUUCGUCUGAACCCGUUUGCGAUGCACAGCGGCAAAGGGCGAAGCGUCGUAUCUCCAACUUGGCACGGGGGAGAGGCGCGUCCGCUCGAUGAGGAACCGAUCGAGUUUGUAUUUCAGGUUGAUUUAGAGGACGUCGAUUCGAUCAAUGCCUCUCCUCUUUCCAAUACCAAUAAACAAGUUCGUUUUUUCUCUCCAGAGUUUCAACUCUACCGGGACGAGUUGAAGAAUCAGGAUCGGCCCAAGUAUCCGUCAGAGGAUACAUCGGUAGAUUGGGAAGAGCUCGAAUAUCCAGCAGAGGAACAUCUGCCAUCUGCAAACCUGACCGGUAGUUAUUUGCGCCAUCAGACGCGGCUUCAUAACAGCGUCUCUCAUCCAUAUCUACGCAAAAGCCAAACCCACGACCAAAAUCAGACCUCGCACACACAAUACACCAAUUUCUCGGUUUCUGCAUCGAAUUCAUAUCUGGACCUUCACCGAAUGCCCCCUCCUAUUCUCGAUGGUCGAACGCGCUCCGGGAUCUGGGAUUCGUGCUUUGGAGGUGCGGAAAGAGCAGGAUACGCUCCUCGGCGUAACAAUUUCGCAGACCCUUCUUCGGAUUCGGAUUCUCCUGUCUGUGAGGCGGUUGACCUCCCUUCCGAUCUCGUUCAAGACCAUAUCCACCCAAGUGGAAUUGCUAUGAACGGCACCGCCAAAUGGGCCUUUCCUGAUGUGAUCGUCUGCUCCUCUGUCCAGCCUCAACUACUAGGGCCGCUUUUGAUCAUUACUUCUCGGUUUCUGCGCGUCCCUGUCCAUCUGAUUUACUGCAUCGCUCCAUGGGAAUCGCAGCCGUCAUUGGUUUAA